GCUAGAAGAAGUUUACCUUACGGACUACUCCAGCUAGCUUCCUUUUGUCAGAAGAAGUACGGGAAGUUGUUUGUUUUCUAUUCUUCACAGUGACAUUGACAAAGACGACCUUGUCGCUCAUUACAUCAGAAUGAUCUCAAUUUAGAGUUUUUACUAGAGGUUGUCGAUAUACAUAGGUACACAUCUUCAACAAGGAGAAGGACAGCCAGGGCUUGUACUAGUCGUGGAGGACGAUGGUAGACGCGUGAGACCGUACCCCAACUACGAAGAUCACAAAAAAUGGCAUCGAGUAGUUCGUCCUCUCAUUUUGGGAGUGAUAUGCCAACCAAAACAACUGAGGAGAACACUAUGUCCUCCGUGCCGCAUCCGAUUUUCGGGUUACGCGAAAAUGUGGCAACGCCAGGAUUAGUCCACGUCUUCAUGGAUGUUAGUUUUGGUGGCGAAAGCGGGCGACUAGUUUUCCGCUUGUUCCAAGAGCGCGUACCUCGGACGGUGGAGAACUUUAGGCAGCUGUGCGUGGGCAAAUUAGGCAAGCAUUUUAGCUUUGCUGGUUCCCAGUUUCACCGACUGAUACCUGGCUUCAUGAUCCAAGGAGGGGAUUGGACGAAAGGCGACGGUACUGGUGGUCGGUCCAUCUACACGAGUAGUACGACAGGUGCAAAUACGUUUGAAGAUGAGUCAGUGGGAUUACACGAAAUGCGGCAUAACAAAAGAGGCAUUUUGUCUAUGGCAAACAAGGGACCGGACACAAACUCAAGUCAGUUUUUCCUCCUCUUUCAACCCCAGCCGCAUCUCGAUGGAAGGCAUGUGGUGUUCGGAGAACUUGUCGAGUUAUGAAAAAACCAAAUAAUUUCUCUACUGAUCAUUCACAUUCCCUUCUUGUUCUUGUACUAACUUCUUAUUAAAUAUGAAGCCAAAAUAUGUCAUCAUUAUCAUACUUUUCUACUUAAGAAACUUGAUAAUGAUAACAGAUUUGCUUUUCAAAGUUCUUUGAGUCAUCAUCAUCUAAUCUCUGGCAUGCGUGUCCUAGAUGCACUCGAACGUGUGCGGACUGCACCUGGUGACCGGCCUUUGGAACCGGUAACGAUCGACUGCUGCGGCGAGGUCGUUCGAGUGCGGCGAACCUUUCGACCAUUGUCCGACGAUAAAUCCGACAUGCUUCAGGAUGAUGGUGGACGAGAACUACAGAACACGCAUCCCACAACGAAAGGCAAGAAAGGCAAGAAGUUACGAGCGCGGAUAAUACAGAGGCUAGCGGAGAUCGAGAAAAAGGGACCACGAGGGGUGAUAAAGACAGGAGGUGCUGGUGGAACUGCGAGGACAGCAAAAGCAAAAGCAUCAGGAGACUCUUCCUCGUCAUCUGAGGACAGCGAAUCAUCAGAAUCUUCAGAGAAAAUACGAAAGAAGAAACACAAAAAGAAAAAAGCUAAGAAAAGCAAGAAGAAAAAAAAUUAGACGUGACGUUGAUGUAGCUUGAGCUUGCACAUAAUAAAUGAUAAGUUUAAGUGAAGAUACGCUCCAACUCACUCCCCAAAAACCCCAUGGCCUUCAAUUUCCCUCGAUGAAUUUUACAACUUAUCGCGUGACGAGGAUGAUUCUUAGGAGGGAACCACCAUAGCGGGUACUAUGUACGCGAUCUUAAAUUUGAAUCCCAAGUGCUGUCUGACACUGACACUUGCCAAAGCACAAUAAUUAAUGUUCUCUCAACAAGAAAUGUUCGUUUUCCUUUCGCAUGGCUCUGUUGGUCUUGUUCAUCAAUGCAAUGCCCCUCUU